AUGAUAUUGUCUCGGACAGGAAGACUCUUUCCAUGCGUGGCCAUCAUCCUCCUUGGAUUGGCAGUAGUCUCAGCUCAGCAUAGUGUUACACAAUGCUGUGAAACAUCAUGCCCUUUUGGAACUCUUUGUUUCCAACCUGACCCAAGGGUAGCUUUCCAAUGCAUUAAUAAGUGUUUCUUUAGGAAUUGUCCACAAGGAUACACUUGUACAAUUGAUCCAAGUGGCGAUGCAUGUUGUGAACCAGCCACAACAACUCCUACAACGGCACCACCACCUCCACAAACAGUUGCCACAACAACUAUCUCUACUCAAUCAACAAUUAUGAGUACAACUGCCACACUCUCCACGACUGUGAUUCCACCUCAGACAGUUGCCACAACAACAGUAUCCACUCAAUCAACUAUUGGCAGCACUACUGCCACUCUUGCAUCUACCUCCAGUGCCACAGCAACAUCACCGGCAACAGUGUCAGUGACUGCAUCAGCCAGUAGUGGAACUACUGCCACUGGUACCACUGCGACUGGAACAUCAACUGCUUCAACCUCUGGCGUAACUACCACUACUCCAGUACCAACAAUCACUCCAACCCCACCUCUCCGUGGACCAUACAGUGUUCGUUUGAUCGCCUACCUCGAUCAAGAUAACGAUGGUACUGAUGAUGGUAAUGAGGGCUUCCUCGGAGGAAUGCAUGGCUUCCUAUAUGACAACACUAAUGGCCAGGCCACUGAGUUCUUGGAUGACGAUGAUGAUCACCAUGAUGAUAGUCAACAUACAGACUCCAACUCAAAGGAUGACAGUGUUGAUUUUAGCGAUGAAAGUGGCUCAAGUAGUGAGGUGAUCGUCGAUGAGAGUGUCAGCACCGAGGAGUUUGUCGAUGCCACCAACGGCGAGGUCGUCAUCACAUCAACUGCACCAUUGAGGAGAAGGAACAUCAACAAGCCUGUCAAGAAGAGAGUCCAGGAGAAGAAGAUUAUCGCAGACUUCACCACUGAUGCAUCCAGACGAGAUGGAGGUUUCUACAUGGAUGGCCUAUUUGCUGGAAACUAUUGUAUGUCCGUCAGUGAUCCCGCUGGCCACUACGACCAGACCAAGGCUGGCAAAGACCAAUACUUGGACGAGGAUGGAGAUCUUUGUUUCGUGCUGAGCAAAGAGACCACCGAUGCCAACGGUACCUUCUCGAUGUCCCAAGGUUACUUCUACGAUGGUGAGCUACCAGAGUACACCAUCCGUGGAUUCACAUGGUUUGAUUGUAACAGGAAUGGUGUCCAUGACCCUGAUGAGAAGUACUUGAGUGGAAUGACAGUGUAUAUUCGCACGGUUAGGGAUGAAUACUUGGACAAGGACAAGAUUACAUCUGGCAAGUUGAAGGGCAAUGGAUUUAGGAUUGAAGGUUUGAAACCAGAUGGAUAUUGUAUCGAGAUAUUCGAUCCAAAGGGAAGCUACAAGUUGGGACCCAAUGGCGUUGAUAACAAGUUUGACAAGGAUGACAACAUAUGUGUAUCCUUGGAUCAGACCACCGUCAACAUGAACGGAGAGCUAACUAUCAAAUGUGGAAUGGUCCCCGCCAAGUUCAUCGUCCACGGAUACUCCUGGGUUGAUACCAACAAGGAUGGAGCUGAUGAUUCCACUGAGCCAUUACUCAAUGGAGUAGUUGGAACACUUAUUAACAAGGAUGGUGUUGAGUUGAAGUCAUUUGUGAUGGAUUCAGAGAAGAAGUGCAAUGGAUUCAGAAUCCCAGAUUUGGAGAAGGGUUCAUAUUGUAUCAAGGUUGCUGAUCCCUCUGGACAGAAUGUACUUGGACCCAUUGGCAAGGACAACUAUUUCGCCCAGGACUCAUCAGCCUACUGUUUCACUUUGGAUGAAUCAGCUGUCGAUGAGAAGCAUGAGUUCCUUAUUACUGCUGGAUUCGUUCCAAAG